CGUUCAGGACUCGUCCUACCACCAACACAUCCUUACUUGAAUUUUAUCAAAAAAACACCACUACAAAAAUGAUGAAAAUUACGUUAUUCGCUCUGGCCGCCCUUGCCGUAGCCUGCGCUCAGGAGGCAGCGGCCCCCGUUGCAGCUGCAGCCCCCGCUGUAGAGAUUGUCAAGCAAGUUGACGAUGUUGAUGUUGACAAAUACAACUUUGAGUUUGAGACCAGUGAUGGUACUUCAAGGCAGGAGACUGGCGAGUACAAGAACGACACUGAACAGCAGGGUCUGGUCGUGAGGGGAAGCUACAAGUACGUCGCUCCCGACGGCCAGCACAUCGCCGUCACUUACCUCGCUGACAAGAACGGCUACCAGCCCUCUGAAGAAUCUGGUGACAAGGCCCAAGCACCCGCUGCCUCCGCCCCCCAAGCUUAAACUCACAA